AUGUUGUCGAAGCUAGUUACAGGUCUUCUCUGCGCAGCAGUCCUUAUCAACACUCUGGUCUUAAAUGAUGCCGUGGUCUUUAGGUUUACAAAUGUGGUCUGCCUGAGCCGCAAUGAGUCGUGGUUUGUGUUCCAUAAUUGUCGCCUGAAGGCCGUCAGACGUGAUAGGGUCCUGCUCAACAUAAAUGGAACUAUUCUGCAUCCGGCCGAUAAUAUAAGUAUUCAUGCACAGAUCUUUAAGAAAGCCAGCGGCUUUAAGCCUUGGCUUGUGAAUGCCAAAGUCGAUGGGUGUCGCUUUAUGCGGCGAAACUACAAUCCUAUUAUAGGAAUCAUUUUUGAUCUCUUCCAAGAUUUCUCCAACAUAAAUCACUCAUGUCCAUUUGUUGGUCCACAAGUUGUGAAGGAUUUUUAUCUGAGGCCCGAUAGAUUGAAGUUGCCAUUUCCAACAGGGGACUACAUGUUAUCGCUAAUAUGGAUCUUCGACAAUAGGCCUCAAUUUGAUACAAAUGUGACUUUUUCUUUCAUCGAAGAUCUUUUAAAAAGCAAUUAA